AUGGCAUCCAACCCAUCCUCGGGUGCUUCUACACCCAAUGCCCGCUUCACAUCACAGAAAAAGACGGCAGAAGACCUCCUCAGCACGCAGACAGUCGGUCUUGUAAACCUGUCUGAUUUCCGAAAGCGACGCGCAGAAGCUCUUGAGCAGAAGGAACGAGAUACCCAAGAUCUGCUUACUGGUACUGGCACAAUCAGUGGCACUGCCAGUGGUCGCGCGACGCCUGACGGUGCAUCUACACCAAGGGAACCCCCUGUGAAGAAGAAGAAACGCAAGGUCGGAACACCGAAGUUAUCAUUUGGCAUGGAUGAAGAAGAUGAUGGAGAGAGUACAGAUGCUGCGACGCCGCUCUCGGGCUCUGCUUCUCCUCGGUCAGGAACGCCGCUGUCUGCGAAGGACAGCGUUGCGAAGAAGAAGGGUGUCAAUUCCAACGUGGCCCUUGCACCGAGGCUUCUGACAAAGUCUGCGUUAUUGAAAGAGGCGCAGACUAGGGAGAGCUUAAGGAAGGAGUUUUUGGUGCUUCAGGAAGCGGUUAAGGCGACGGAGAUCAAUAUACCGUUUGUGUUUUACGAUGGGACGAAUAUACCGGGUGGAGUGUGUACGAUUAAGAAGGGAGAUUAUGCGUGGGUAUUUUUGGAUAGGAGUAGGAAAGUUGGUGCUGAUUUGGGUGUUGGAGAGAAGGUAAAUAGCAGGAGGGAGUGGGCGAGGAUUGGAGUGGAUGAUUUGAUGAUGGUUAGAGGGAAUAUCAUUAUACCUCACCAUUAUGACUUCUACUACUUCGUAAUAAACCACACACUUGGCCCUGGCAACCGCCUCCUCUUCGAUUACAGUUCCGAGCCACCCAGCAAAUCAACCCCACCUAGUUCCGAAAUCAACCUUGAUACAUAUAACCCUUUAUCCGUCCCCUCGAAGACCAAGCCAAAGGAUGUCCCCACAGACAAGAAAGACCUCGAGGGUACUGCCGACGAUCCAACAUAUACGAAGGUCGUCGAUCGCCGCUGGUACGAACGGAACAAGCAUAUUUUCCCCGCCAGCGUAUGGCAAGAAUUCGACCCAGAAAAGGACUACCAGAAGGAAGUGAAGAGAGACGCUGGUGGGAACGCCUUCUUCUUCUCAUAG